UCCCCUUUUCUCUUGAUUUCGCUCUGCUUAAUCCUAUUUCUUUUUGUUUUUCCUCAAUUCAUUUUCUGAACCUCAAAUCAUCAGCUUACUAAAUACUUGACUAUUAAUGUCUGUUUUUAGCACCCUUAGAAUCGGUCACUGAUUCAGCUUUCCUGCGCAAGAUUUUUUUUUUUUUUUUUGGCCUGAUAAUUUAAUCCACUGAAUAUGUGGAGAAAUAUAACAAAGCAAGCAUCGUUGAGAAAUUUCAAGUUUUCCUCGGAAACCCAUUUCUUCUCACCACCAUUUGCCUCCAAAAUCUUUCUCCAAGAUGAUAGCUUUAAUGGAAAAACCCGGACUUAUAGCAGUGAUAGUGGGCUGAAUUCUCAAAAACAAGAAGUUGGUUUUCAUCAAACUUCAGUCUUGAAGCAGAAGAAUAAAGAGGGUCAUCGAAAAUUUGGGAUUUUGAGUGACCCUUGUGGAUUUGGAGUGUCUGGGGGUUUAAGGGGUUAUGCUAGUGCUGCUGCUGAGGCUAUUAUUUCCACUUCUGAGGAAGAUGUGGAUGAUGUUCAAGAAUUGGUUGAGGAAAUGGAAAGGCAAAACAAGGCAAUGGAGGCGAGCUAUCAGCAACAAAAGCAGCAAAAAAUGGUGGGAGGAAUGGGGAUGGGGAAGUACCAUAUUCUUAGGAAAAGGCAGGUGAAGAUAGAAACUGAGGCUUGGGAACAGGCGGCAAAAGAGUAUCAGGAGCUUUUGGAGGAUAUGUGUGAGCAAAAACUUGCCCCAAAUUUGCCAUAUAUAAAGUCACUGUUUUUAGGUUGGUUUGAGCCAUUAAAGGAUGCCAUUGCUGCUGAGCAAGAUUUGUGCAAGGAUGGGAAGAACCGAGGAGCUUAUGCCCAGUAUUUUGAUCAGUUGCCUGCUGAAAUGAUGGCCGUUAUUACAAUGCAUAAGCUAAUGGGACUGUUGAUGACCGGGGGAGGAUAUGGCAGUGCUAGAGUGGUACAAGCUGCCUGCCAUAUUGGUGAAGCCAUUGAGCAUGAGGUUAGAAUACACAAGUUUCUGGAGAAGACCAAACGGAAGAAUGCAAUGAAUAAGAAUCCUGAGAAAGAAACUGAACCAGUGGCUAAGGCAGAAGAUAGACUAAGGAAAAAGGUCAAUGUUCUGAUGAAAAAGCAGAAGCUUCAUCAAGUAAGGGAGAUAGUAAAACAUCAUGAUGGUUCAAAGCCCUGGGGGCAGGAUGCUCAAGUUAAGGUUGGAUGCCGUUUGAUUCAGAUUAUGAUGGAAACAGCCUACAUACAGCCUCCAGUCGAUCAGUUUGAAGAUGGUCCACCUGAUAUUCGACCUGCAUUUGUUCACACACUUAAGACUGUUGAAACACAGAGGGGCAGCAGGAGAUAUGGGGUGAUUGAGUGUGACCCUCUAGUAAGGAAGGGCCUGGAGAGAACAGCUAAGCACAUGGUGAUUCCAUAUAUGCCAAUGCUGGUCCCUCCCCUGAACUGGACAGGGUAUGACAGAGGUGCUUAUUUGUUUUUGCCUUCCUAUAUCAUGCGUACACAUGGAGCAAAACAACAGCGAGAGGCUCUUAGGAGAUGUCCAAAACAGCAACUAGAACCAGUUUUCCAGGCGCUUGACACACUUGGAAGUACAAAAUGGAGGGUUAAUAAAAGGGUGCUUGGUGUCAUAGACAGAAUUUGGGCCAGCGGUGGCCGUCUUGCUGAUUUAGUUGACCGUGACGAUAUCCCUUUGCCAGAAGAGCCAGACACCGAAGAUGAAAGAGAAAUCAGGAAAUGGAAGUGGAAAGUUAAUAAUGUGAAAAAAGAGAACAGUGAGAGGCAUUCGCAGCGGUGUGAUAUAGAACUUAAGCUUGCUGUUGCUCGGAAAAUGAAGGAUGAGGAGGGCUUCUUUUAUCCACACAAUCUUGAUUUCCGAGGCCGUGCAUAUCCCAUGCACCCACAUUUGAACCAUCUUGGGUCUGAUCUAUGCCGUGGAAUCCUUGAAUUUGCAGAGGGGCGUCCACUUGGAAACUCAGGCUUGAACUGGUUGAAAAUACAUUUGGCAAAUGUUUAUGGUGGUGGUGUGGACAAGUUAUCUCAUGAAGGUCGUGCAGCAUUUGCCGAAAACCAUUUGGAGGACAUAUUUGAUUCUGCAGACAGGCCUCUUGAAGGAAGGCGUUGGUGGUUGAAUGCAGAGGAUCCCUUUCAGUGCUUAGCAACAUGUAUGAAUCUCUCUGAAGCAUUGAGAAGUCCCUCUCCAGAGACUACCAUGUCGCACUUGCCUAUCCACCAGGAUGGUUCAUGCAAUGGCCUGCAACAUUAUGCUGCUCUUGGAAGGGAUAAGUUGGGAGCAGCAGCAGUCAAUCUUGUUGCUGGUGAAAAGCCUGCCGAUGUUUAUUCUGGAAUUGCUGCUAGGGUUCUUGACAUUAUGCGAAAAGAUGCAGCAAGAGACCCUGCAAGUGAUCCAAAUGUCUUGAGGGCCAGGCUGCUGAUCAACCAGGUGGACAGGAAAUUGGUCAAGCAAACGGUCAUGACAUCAGUCUAUGGUGUCACUUAUAUUGGUGCACGUGAUCAAAUUAAGAGGAGGUUAAAAGAACGUUGUGCCAUUGAAGAUGAAGCUGAGUUGUUUUCUGCAGCUUGCUAUGCAGCAAAAACCACCUUGACUGCUUUAGGGGAGAUGUUUGAAGCAGCACGAAGCAUCAUGAGUUGGCUUGGUGACUGUGCGAAGGUCAUUGCUAUGGAAAAUCAGCCAGUGCGGUGGACUACUCCACUUGGGCUUCCUGUUGUGCAACCUUAUCGUAAACUCGGAAGGCAUCUUAUUAAGACAUCUCUUCAGGUUUUAACAUUGCAACGAGAAACAGAUAAGGUAAUGGUUAAGCGGCAGAGAACAGCUUUCCCUCCAAAUUUUGUCCACUCCCUUGAUGGCUCUCAUAUGAUGAUGACUGCCAUUGCUUGUAGAGAAGCUGGCUUGAAUUUUGCAGGGGUGCAUGAUUCCUACUGGACACAUGCAUGCGACGUCGAUCAAAUGAACAAGAUCCUCAGACAGAAGUUUGUUGAACUAUAUGAAGCGCCAAUUUUGGAGGAUUUGCUAGAUAAUUUUCAGAAGUCAUUCCCUAAAUUGAAGUUCCCUCCGUUACCAGAACGGGGGGAUUUUGACUUGAGAGAAGUUUUAGAAUCUCCAUACUUCUUCAACUAGAGGACAAUUACUUCUUUUUCGGUGAAAGUUGCUUCUUUUUUGGUGAACUUUCACGCGAAAUGGCAUCUCUAUGGUUGUGGACACCGUACUCAGUCGGCAAGCGCCCUUUCUUUAUACUGUAGAAGUCAAAGAAGUAAACGAGGGGAUGUCCAUGACUGUGAUUGACUCUCUUUUACGAGUCCUCAUGAUUCUUGUGUACAUAUGUCGAGCAUACAAGUCUCCACAAGGUGUUGAAGCUUAAGGACCUUCGCCUGAAGUAAAGGUGAUAUUUUUUCAUGGUUCAUUAUUACACCUACAAUUGUGUGCAUAACUUUGCUGUUACAAGUUCAAGACAACAAAUAAAAGAUCUAGGAGUAUUCUAGAAACAGCUCAAAUGGAUCAAUACUUCCAUUGAUGACAAGGACUGCUGUACAUUCUAAAGUAAGGAUAGGAAAGUUGGAAUGAAGCACUUCCAGAAAUGACUGAAGUGUUUCUGGUUUUGUUCUUUUGUCAGUUCAAUUUAUUUUCCUC